AUGUCAAAACGAACCCUCGACUCGUUCUUCAAGCCAACAACCCCAAAACGACCCAAACUUGAACAAAAUGAGCAAAUCCCACCGACCAUCAGUGAAUCCUCAAUACCAACAAACAAACCUCCAAGCCAACACCCAAGCUACCCAAUCCCAAUCCCCCAACUCCCAUCACAUAUCGAAGCAGGCCUCCAACACUCAACGCCCUUCAAACAACCAACCCAAAUAACCAACCAACCCCACCUCGACCUCCUCCACUAUACCCCCUACCUACCCCGCCCAACAGCAAACGAGCUCUUCAAAUUCCUCCGGCACUCUCUCCCCUUCUACCGCGUCCGCUACACGGCGCGCCGUGGCCCAAUCUCCACAGAAAUAAACACACCACGCUGGACGACGGUCUUCGGUGUCGACGAGACAUCCCUUUUCAAAGACGACAAACUCGUCGAUUCCAAAACCGGCUCACCAAUAUCACCAACAAAAUACCAAUGCACACCACGGCCGAUACCGGAAUGUCUGGAGCAACUGCGUCGAGAGGUCGAAGCGCAUGCGCAGGACGGAACAGGCGAGAAGGGGUAUAAUUUCUGUCUUGUGAAUUACUACGGGAGUGGGGAGGACAGCAUUGCAUUUCAUUCUGACGAUGAGCGGUUUCUGGGUGCGAGGCCGAAUAUUGCGUCGCUUUCGCUGGGUGGCGAGCGGGAUUUCUUGAUGAAGCAUAAGCCAGUUCUAGUAGCUCCUGGUGCGACCGGGCCGGGAUCCCCGAAGAGCAGCACUGCUACGGUGCCGGUGGGACGGCAGAUUAAGAUGAGUCUUGGGUCGGGGGAUAUGGUUGUUAUGCGCGGGGAGACGCAGGCCAAUUGGUUGCACAGCAUACCGAAGCGGAAGGGGAGCCAGGGUCGGAUUAACAUUACGUUUCGGCGGGCGGUCGUGCCCGCCGGGACGAACAAUUACUACCACUAUAAUGUAGGCAGUGGGAAGAUGUACAGGUGGGACGACGUGAGCCGGGAGAUGGUUGAAAAAUAG